AUGUGGAGCAGCGGCCUCAGAGUCGGUAGGCAGCAGCAGAUAACGGCGCUGCUCAUGUUAGCUCAGGUUCACAAGGACACUUUCAGGGCACAAUCGCUGCUCGAAGCUUCCAAAGGCCGCAUCACGGUCAUCGCCGCCGCUCCGAGCCCCCUCAUCACUGAUUUCUGGCUUCCCAUGCCUCAGGGCGCCCGGUUGGUUUUGAACGACCUAUCUGUCAAGGACUAUGCUUUGUACAUGCGCCCGUUUGCCCGCGGCGUGGGCCUUCAUGUCUGCGAUUUGUCCGAGGCCUUCAAAGUCGACCAGGCUUUGCUGCAAGUCACCCUUCAGACCAGCAUUGACCUGGUAAAAAGAGUUACGUUGCCUGCUAGUCAUUCUCUGAAUGUUGAAGAGUUGUCAGACCUAGACAAUGCUCGCCGUGUCAUUGCAGAAACCGGUGCCGAUGUCCUGAGCUUCAAAUACGGAGAGGACAAGAUCAAGUCACUUACUACUCCUGAGCCUGUCCGUUUCUCCGGAGACAGCAUCUAUCUCCUCAUCGGGUGUCUCGCCGGUCUCGGGCAUAGCUUGACUACCUGGAUGCUGGAGAGGGGUUGCAGAAACUUUGUCUCCCUAUCCAGGUCCGGAACCGCCAAACUAGAGGCUGCUGAUGUCGUUCAGCAUCUCCAAGAAUCUGGAGCCAACGUCGAUGUAUUUUGCGUCGACGCAAGCGAUGAAACGGCCGUUGCCAAUGUUGUCUCUACUGUAUCGGCCCAGGGCAGCAUCAAGGGCGUCGUCCACGCUGCCAUGGUCCUUAAGGAUGGUCUAUACCAGACGAUGACCUUUUCCGCCUACCAGACUGUCAUGCGACCCAAGGUCAAAGCUGCCCUGGUUCUCGAUAAAGUGCUUGGCGACAUGCCACUCGACUUCUUCAUCAUGACGAGUAGUAUGUCGGUUGUGCUAAGCAACCAAGGCCAGGCCAACUACGCGGCAGCCAACAGCUUCCUCGACUUCCUGGCACUGCAAUGCCGACGACAGGGACGUGUUGCAUGCUCUCUGGCACUGCCCACGGUCGAGGAUGUAGGAGUGGUAGCCGAGAACACCAGCAUUGCCGACUCGUUGGCGCGCAAGAUGCCCUUCGGUAUAGACGAGCGUGAGAUGCUCAGCAGCUUCGAAGCCGCCAUCAUCCAGGGUGCAUCGUCGGGCAAGGAGGUCCAGCUGGGCGACGUUCAGCUGAUCCUCAGUCUCGAGCCUCCAGCCAUGCUCGUAGUUAAGGAGGGGCUGGAUCUGUCUGAUGCGUUCUGGUACAAGGACGAGCGCAUGCGGCCUAUCUUGGAGGAGCUGGAAGCUCUUGCCGCAGUCAUGGGCAAGACGGGAGGGGGUGGAGGACUUGAGAGCUUCACUUCCAAGCUUGUGGGACUCUCCGCGGACGAGUCGCUUCUCGCCAUCGGGUCGCACAGCAUGGAGAGGUCAGCGCGAAUUCUUGGAGCCCAAGCAGAGGAUUUCCAAUAUGAGAGCAACUCCGUCUCGAGCCACGGCUUCGACUCUAUGGUUGGUGUCGAGCUCCAGUCUUGGUUGUUCAAGGAAUCCGGCGUUCAGGUCAGUAUCCAGAUCAUCUUGGGCACAAAUACAACGUUUGCAGGAUUGACUAAGAUAAUCUCGGAGCACCUUGGGAUAGUUUAA